AUGUCGAUGGCCAAGUCGAUACAUUGUAAUGCAUCACCUGAUGUGUCGACGACAACAGAGACUGGCUCAGCAGCAGCAUCAACAUCAUCAGAUAGUGAGAUGAUCACAUUCAAGGAUUUGAUGAGAUCGUCUGUAUUGGGCUUCAUACAAUUGAUUGAGAAGAAUGGACCAUUCAUACUGGACUCGAUUGCAUUGAUAGCAUACUCAUCGACAGUGGCCUCUGUCGUGCCAUUCACUCGCGACCUUCAACUACUCAAACAGGCCGUCAUCGACAUCAGUCUGCGCGACACGACCAAUCUCACAGGUGCCCUCGAGCACGCAAUAUCAAUAACAUUGCAACGAUAUGGUAGCGAUCAUCUUGUCGAGGUGUUGGUGUUCACCGAUGCCUGUACAUCACUCAACAACACACCAAGUCUGGCGCGUCUACACUUCCCCUUCCUACAUCAUCUUCACUUCAUCUCGAUAUGCACCAAUCACUCACAUGAGCAUCCAUCGAUGCCGACCUUGACAGCAGCGUCCUCAACCGUCUCAUCCACAUCGUCAUCCACCAAUGGCACACUCAACAACAUCAAAUGCACAAUGUACAUCAUCAAACAAUCACCAUCGACCAACAUCCGCACGUCCCUGCUAGACACCCUCAACUCAAUCGUUACACGUCAUUACUCAUUCUACAAGGGCCUACUUACGUUUGGACACUUGACAUCACCAAUUACACUCUAUCCUUCGGUGUUUACAUUGUUUGAGUUUGUUAGAGACCGCCUGGAAGGUUUGGCUUCGUUCCCAAGCGUGCUCACAUUGCUUGGAUUCAUACCCAAUCGACAGGCAUCGGAUCUGCCCACAUUGUCGCGUCACGUGGUCGUCCCAUUGGUAUCGGAUACACUCCCUCCUCUAUGCUCCGUACUUCACUACUGUAUGCGUGCCCUCAAGACGACGGCAAUUGUCACGCUCAAUGCUGACCCUGUGCCAUGGUAUGGCAUGCUGGUGUCUGCAAUCGAGAAUGAUACGCCCGUGCUCGUAUUGUCUAUAUUCAUGCCCAACAGUCCCUUGGCCACGAUGACAGCCUCUGGUGCCCUGCUGCAGAUCGACCUGUCCACGAUGGACGUAGUGUCCAUUGGCAACAUGGCCCAGGAUGCGCCACAGACGCCACCAAAUCCAACACCCUCAUACAACACCACGCCCAGCAACAAGGAUCCGUCCAACAGCAUGGUAAUGUCGUUCGUCAAGCCCGAGGCACUGCAGUCGGACUUUACCAAAGUGCAGCGAUUAUGUCGCGCCACACCACUCAAAAUGGAGAGUCUCAUCGUGGAGUGCGAGCGAGUACGCCAAGUAGCACUGAUAUAUCAACAGCCACAACUACUUCCACAGUUGGCCGUGGCCAUCAAAGAUGAGCUUCAACGGGCGGAUAAUCUGAACAACUAUAACCUACCCAUAAUCAAAGAGCUCCUGAUACGACUGGACAGCGCGUCCAUAAUUGAUGAGAUCAAGUUUGUGUACAGGGAUCAGCCAUCACCUCCCCUAGUACAACAACAACCGCAACAGCAACAACAACCUCAACAGCAUUCAAAGAAGAAGCAAGCAACUAUGAGUGUAAAUAGCCUUCUGAAUGAUUGA